AUGCCACCAAAACGUACUGUUUCGGCCGAAAAAAAUGGUAAUCAAGAGGGUCGAAUCCUACUUGCUAUACAGGCUAUUAAAGCUGAACAAAUAAGCUCUAUCCGUGAAGCUGCACGCUGUUUUGAUAUACCUCGUACUACACUACAGCGUCGGCUCACUGGCUAUACCAAUCGCUCUGAGACUCGCGCCAACAGCCAUAAAUUAACUGAGAAUCAAGAGAAAUCACUUCUUCAGUGGGUGAUCUCUAUGGAUAUACGUGGAGCUGCCCCCCGGCCUGCUACUGUUCAAGAAAUGGCCAAUAUUCUCCUCUUAGCACGUGGCCAGACCCCUUCUCAAACUGUUGGCAAAAAUUGGGUCACAAACUUUGUUAAACGACAUUCAGAGCUUACUACACGUUUCUCUCGACGAUAUAAUUAUGAACGUGCGAAGAUGGAGGAUCCAAAAGUUGUUCAAGAAUGGUUUAAUCUUGUUUUUCAAACAAUUCAAGAGAAUGGUAUUCUAUCAGAGGAUAUCUAUAACUUUGAUGAGACUGGAUUUGCAAUGGGACUUACAGCAACUGCUAAGGUUGUUACUCGUUCUCGAUAUUAUGGUCGACGAUCACUUUUACAGCCUGGAAAUCGUGAAUGGGUAACUGCUAUUGAAACAAUUAAUGUAUCUGGAUGGGCCCUUCCACCAGUGAUUAUUUUCAAAGGCAAAGUUUUAAUUGAAGGAUGGUUUACAAACCUUCCACUUGACUGGCGAUUUGAAACUAGUCCAAAUGGAUGGACAACUGAUGAAAUUGGACUUCGAUGGCUUCAAAAACACUUUAUUCCAGCAACAACUGAACGUACGCUUGGAAAAUAUCGACUUUUGAUUCUUGAUGGUCAUGGGAGUCAUUUAACUCCCCAAUUUGAUCAGAUUUGCAAAGAGAAUAAUAUUAUUCCAAUUUGCAUGCCAGCUCAUUCUUCACAUCUUCAUCAGCCACUUGAUGUUGGAUGUUUUGGGCCUUUAAAACGGGCCUAUGGUCGGCUUGUUGAGAAUCAAAUGCGGCUUGGUUUUAACCAUGUUGAUAAAUUUGAUUUUCUUGAAGCCUACCCAAUCGCUCGUAAAGAGGCUUUUCAAACCCAAACUAUUCAAAACAGCUUUACGGCAGCUGGUUUAGUACCAUUUGACCCAGAUCGAGUACUUUCUAAGUUAAAUAUUCUUCUUCGAACACCUACACCCCCAGCUAGCCGCCCUACUAGUCGAUCAAGCCAAUUUUCACCUAAAACACCUCAGAAUCUUAUUCAGCUUCAACGGCAAGCUAGUUCAAUCAAAGCUCUUCUAAAACAACGUUCAAAGAGCCCUCCAAGUCCACUCAAACAGCAAAUCGAUCAAGUUCUCAAGGCCUGCGAAAUUCAGAUGCAUUCAACAGCUUUAUUAGAGGUUGAAACACGCAAAUUACGCGCUGCACAUGAAAAGCAAAAGCAAAAGCGCAAGCGGUCUACUAGGCAGAUACCUAACGAGGGUGGUAUGACUGUUCAGGAGGGCCAGGAGGCUAUACAGCGUGCUAUACAGGUGGUUGAGGCGCCAGUGAUCCCUCCCGUACCACGGCCUAGGGCGCCUUAUUUACCCCCUCAGCCAGCUAGGAGAAAGCUACCGACAUUCCUUGCUGCUGCAUUUUUAUCUCCCACCUUCGCUAGUACACCGACAAACAAUGAAAUAGAAGUCCCGGGCGAUCACGUCGCCAAUCCCAACAUUCGCGCCACCAACAUUGCCAAUGAGGCUGGGUUCCCGUUUGCGCUGGACUCGUUCAAUGGAUUAGAACUUCGGGAUACACUGGAAGAUGAGGAUGAGGUUAUCGGGCUGGACCUGGUGCCCAGAGCUGUCGCUGCUACAUCAUUGGCAAAUAAUAAUUUCCAGCGCAGUACUAUUAAGAUUGGCGGGUUGGAUUACUGGUAUAUCCCCGCUGACGUGGUGAACGGCGCACAUGGAGUAACGGGCGAAGGUCUUCCUGAAUAUAUCGAUACUGAUGGGAAUGUGCUAUCGCAUGUAUCUGUGGAUGAGCUUCGCAAAAGAGGAGAAUUAGCCAAGCGCUCCUCGACCGUGUACCUAUCAGUGGUGACAUGCGACCGCCCCUCGACAAAUACCACCGGCGCAGAAGGGGAUUUCCCACAGCUGAAGGUGUACGUAUCAACGUCAGAUGAUCUCACAGAACCUGGGCCUGGAAAAGACAGCUCGCUUCAGAAUGUGACAACAUCGGCUGAAGGAUACCUGGGGAUUGAAUUCGAUGCAUCCAGCGAUGUUUAUCUCAGUGUUGUGGCAGAAAACGCAACCUCAUACAAUGGAUCAUACACCUACCAGAUCGCAGCAUCGAUUGAUGAGUAUUUCUACAAUGUUGUCUCCAAUGACUCGUUUCUGUACUUCGUCGACUCAGACCACUCCGCCGCGCUACUAGUCACCAAUAAUCUGACGCAAGCAGCGCUUGGCUCAACGAAUUUCGAUAAAUGGAUGAACCUGACGCCUCCAUACACCAUGUUUGCCCACAAUCGCAAUGACACGUCUCUGAAGGGGAUGACAUCCUCUUUCUGCGCAGUAGAAGAACAUUCGCAGGUGGUCAGCAACCCGAGCAACACUGGGAUGACCUACCGUGGACUGGGAAACAAGCCGAAAGAGCAGUUCUACAUAGAAGGACUUAAUCGCAGUUCCGUAUACAUUGGAAUCCUGGGAAUGGUCGGCAACUCCACCGACAGUGGAAACAACAUCCCAGGUGGAGGUGGGAUAGUCUGGCAACCAAUGAACUUCACUACGAAAGCUGAGGAUAACUGUGCCGUUCUAUUCAACCUCACAUUCUGUUCGGAAGUAGCCUACGCGGUCCCCUCAAACCCGAAUCGAACAGUUGAAGAUCUCCGCCAAAUCUACGACAACUACACCUCAUACUACUACAAAAACUUCAACUACUCUCUCCAACAAAUCCAAUGCAACGCAUCGGCAGAAUCAAUGUUCUCACUCGCUGUAGACUGCGAUGACUGCGCCUCAGAGUAUAAGCAAUGGCUCUGCAGCGUAAGUAUCCCACGAUGUGCAGAUUUCACAAGCAGCGAGACAUACCUCCGUGUUCGAAACGCAGGACAGGAUUUCAUUAACGGAAGUUCAUUACCUGAAGAUGAUCCCUACCGAUGGUCCGUUAUCACGAACCAGUCGAGGAAUCAUAUUAUCGAUACGGAGAUCAGACCAGGUCCGUAUAAGGAGAUCUUGCCGUGCAAUUACAUUUGUCAUGAUAUGGUGAAGAGUUGUCCUGCAGCGUUGGGAUUUAGUUGUCCGACUGGAUCAUGGAUGAAUGCAUCUUAUGGAUUCUCGAGUUCGAAUGGAGAUAUUACGUGCAGUUACCUCGGUGCGGCUUAUUACUUGAGUCUUGGAGAGAGGUUGGGAAUUUGGGGAAGUUUGUACAUGUUAAUUGGCAUAUGGGGUGUUUGGUUACUGGUUGGUAGAUAA